CUAAUUAUUAAUCAUGAUUAUUUAAAUUUAUUUUAAAAAGAAUGGUAAAAAAUAAAGAAAAAUCACAAAGUCAACAAAAAACAAAACAUUUGCCUUUAAAAAAGGCAAAUGUAGUAGUAGAUAAUAGUAAAACAAAAGAUAACGCAGCACACGUUUGUCACAAAGCUAAAAAGAUAAAUCAAAAGGACAAAAAAAUAUAUAAUUUUAUUUCAGAUGAAGAUGAUCACUAUAAUAUUGAUUAUAAAUCAGAAGAAAAUAUAGAAAAUUAUAUAGAAGAAUGGAAAAUAGAAAAGAAAAAUAAGGAAUCUAAAAAAAAUAUGUUUAAUUUUCUUAAUGAAGGAUUUAAAGAAAAUGAUGUGAAUAAUGAAGAAAAUAUUUCAGAUCGAACCCAAGAAGCAAAUCAUUGGAUGGAUCCACGUAGUGAAAGUGUCUUAAAGGGUCUUGAAAAUCUUUCUACGAAAAAUUUGGAUGAAGAGGAGGGAGUAUCUGAAGCAAAAUUAUUAAAAAAAGAUAUUAAAAAUCAAGAACUAAAUGAAAAGAAAAAAACUAGAAAAGAGCGGAAAAUGGAAUACAAAAAGAAAAUUAUUGAAACUAAAGCGUUAGAAAAAAGUAAAAAUGGAGAGAACAUACUAAAUGAAGAUAAAGACCAGAUUACUACUAUUUAUUCACAUGCUUCAGGAUCUUUAAUAGUCUCAGAAAACACACAUAUAAGUAAAGCAAUAGCAGUUACAGGAAAUUUAGUGUCCCCACUAAAUUCAAAAAAUCUUCAAGUUGAUAAAGUAACAAUACAAGCAUAUGGGAAAUUACUUAUAAAAGAAAGCGAGCUGAAUUUAAUUAAUGGAAGGAGAUACGGAUUAAUAGCACCAAAUGGCAGUGGAAAAUCCACACUUAUGCAUGCAAUUGCGUCUAACCUUAUUCCAAGACCACCUGCUCUUGAUGUUUAUUUACUAGACAAAGAAUAUACACCUACGAAAAUGACCUGUAUUGAAGCCUUAUUAGAUAUUAAUGAAUAUGAAAAAAGAUGCUUAGAAGAAGAAUUAAUUAGUCUAUUAGAUGACCCUGAUAAAAAUUCAGUACGAAUUAGUUCUAUUGGGCAAAGAAUUGGUGAAUUAGAAAUAGGUGGAUCCGAUCAUAAAGCUAGACAUAUUUUAGAAGGUCUUGGUUUUAGUGAAGAAAUGAUACAACAGAAAACUUGCGAUUUAAGUGGUGGAUGGAGAAUGAGAAUAUCUUUAGCACGCAUAUUGUUUGUCAAGCCUACUUUAAUUUUACUUGAUGAACCGACCAAUCACCUUGAUUUUGAAGCCAUUGCAUGGUUAGAAGACUAUCUUGUUCAUGAAUUGAAUGGUCACACUCUUCUUAUGACAUCACAUUCCCAAGAUACAUUAAAUGAAGUCUGUACUGAUAUAAUACAUCUCUAUAACAAUCAUCUAUAUUAUUAUUCAGGAAAUUAUGACACAUUUAAAAAAAUAAGAAAAGAGAAGGAUAUACAAAUUAUGAAAAAAACAAAGAUAAAAGAAAACAAAAUGGAAAUUUUGCAAAAAAAGAUGAAUAUGACAGGGAAUAAACAACGAGAACAGGCAAAAAGCAGAAUUGCUACAAUGGAAAAGAAAAUGGAAAAAGAUAAACAAAAAAAUAAAGUAUUGGAGGAAGAAAUCGUGAAAGAAAAAAAAUUAAUUAUUAGAUUUGAAGAAUGUAGUGGAGGAAUACCAUCUCCUGCUAUAAAAUUUAGAGACGUUUCUUUUGGAUUUCCAAAUAAACGCCUUCUUUUUAAGAAUCUUAAUUUUGGUGUUGAUCUUAAUUCUAAAAUAGCAUUAGUUGGUCCUAAUGGCGCAGGAAAAACAACAUUAAUUAAACUUUUUAUGGGAAGUUUGCAACCAAUUUCAGGAGAUAUAACUCGUCAUCAUCAUUUACGUAUUGCUCAAUUUCACCAACAUAUGAAUGAUCAACUGAAUUUGGAUAUUUCAGCAGUACAGUGGCUACACGAAAUAUCACCGGAACGCUCAGAAGGCUCUAUGAGAGGUUUUUUAGGAAGCUAUGGACUUACAGGAAAAAGUCAAGUUAUACCUAUGAAACAAUUAAGUGAUGGACAACGACGAAGAGUUUUAUUUGCAUUUUUAGGGCUAAAAAAUCCUCAUAUAAUUAUGUUUGACGAACCUACGAAUGCAUUAGAUAUCAAUACAAUUGAUGCUUUAAGCGAUGCUAUCAAUAAUUUUAAUGGAGGCGCCAUUAUAAUUUCACACGAUUUUGUACUAAUUAAUAGGGUAGCAACUGAAAUAUGGGUUAUAGAAAAUGGAGAAGUCAAGGUAUGGGAUGGGAACAUAAAAGAAUAUAAAGAAAACUUGAAAAAGAAGUUUCAAAAGAAAAGAGAAAAAGAAGCAGAAUUAGCUGUUUUAGGAAAAACUUAUUGA